UUCCUAUAAAUCGUCCAAGUCGUAAAUAUUCCGUCUAUUUCCACCAGUUUUAACAAAUUUUCCUCAUUAUUCCCCUUACGUUCUCCCACACAUCAUAGUUGGCGUCGUAUCACAGUUCAGCAGACCUCAUGCGAAGAUAGCCUUGGCGUUUGUGUACGGAUGUGUAUCGUAGUAGCCCGAUAGAUAGAUAUGCCCUUGAGCCCAUCUGAGAAGACUGGACCCUUUCCAAGUGCGGCUACACGCAUGUUGGCUGUUAUUGGCACACUGAUCUGGCUAAUGCACAUCUAUUAAUAGCUCAAUGGCAACAAGGCAUUCUUUGUGAGCCGAUAACUCGUUAUGCAACCGAUUCAAGGUCAGAGAAAGUUGAUCCACCGUUGCAUUCGGUCAAUCGGCUGUCUAGUUAGAUCAAUCCGACUAAACACAACUAGUGCUCGUGGUAAGUGGAGAACCUAUGGCCGUUUCCAUGUGGCUAGACGGGUUCUCGAUCAACAGGUGCUAGGCGAACCAAUGAGAAACUUCCCAUUAUGCCCCUAUCAGAUGCCGUCUCCAGGCGGCCUUUUUGGAACUUCCAUUUCGGAACUCACAGACGACCAUUUUUUGUUUCAAGGAAUCGAGAAUUAUAUGGAAAUGAUUAGAUAUUUCUACAAGAUACAGUUGAAAAUCCUAAUAUGACGUUUUCGGCUUUACAGCAACACACACUUAUCUGAAUUGUGCUUUCAAUAUUGAAUAAUAAUGGAUUAAUUCAGUAUUUAGGG